UAUAAAAGUUUAUUUAAAUUAAAUUGUAUUGACAAAAGUAUACAUAUAAAAGUAGGUCUUACAGUACAUGUUAAGGUAAAUAUUACAUCAGUCAUGCAAAAUUCUGCACACUCAGCAAUCUGAUUUUUGUAUAUAUUGAUUUCGUCACUAAUUAUACAAACAUUUGUAAAAGGAUAAAGCAAGAAAACAGUAACAGUUGAACCAGUUACACUCGAUCCGGUAAAGCUAUAACAUUCUUUGGUCUGGUACAGUAAAGAUGUACUCAAUAUUUUUUCUAUGUUUAUUUAUGCCAUUAACUUAUGCUCUUGAUGACAACUCAAUAACAGAAAGCACUUCCCCUACAAUGACAACCGAAUCUCUAAUUAGUUCUUCAGCUUUAAUUACAGAAGCUCCUGUAAUUGGUUGCACUUGUGGGGUAUUUUUAAGUGGUCAGUUUAAAAAAGGAAGUAAAGAACAACCUAAAGGAAAUCCAGCUCUUCUUCAUGAGCAUCCUGAUGUAUUUCCAUGUUCUAAUAUAGGCAACAAAAUGUGUACCAAUAAAUGUUUAGAUGUUAUCGUAAAACAUUUACCCAACAGCCCAACUAUCCUUUGUGGAUCAAUUGAUAGGGAUUGUCAUAAAGAAAGAGCAUACUUAUUCGUAAAGAAUUGCAAAGAUGAAUGGGUAAAUACAAAUCUUUCUGCUGGCCGGGAAUACUGUUGUAAGGAUGGCCUUCCUUACAAAUGUCCCAUCAUAAGCUGAGUCACUCAAUUUAGGAUAUAUAUUAUUUUUUAUAUUGUUAGUAAAUAUAAGGCGUGUCUAAAAAUUCGUACAAAGCAUAAGAAUAAUAAUGAAAAUAUUAGAUCUCAAUAUUAAA